UGUAGUACCCUUUUUUUUAAACUUUAAAAUAGUUCAAUGACUAGUUUAAACCUAACUUGAGUCAUUUUCAACUUGAAACUACUUAAACUAUUUUAAAGUUUUGCAAAAUAAUGGGUAAUACUGAAAGAUUUUUAUAUUGUUUUUAUUAAUUUGUUCAAAAGUAGACCAUGUAACUGAAGUGUUUUUAUGAUAAAUAAUGUACAUUUUUUGUAAAUAUGAUUUAUUUGUUUUCAGCACCACAUGACGAACCAGAAUCGAUUGGGAAAGUAUUGUACCUCCAGGUGAAGGCCCACUCAGUUAGAACCAGAAAGAAAUCUCAGUCAAGGAAGCAACAUCAUGUAUCAACUGGCGGCAAAUCAGCUCCACCAAAACAGAAACGCAAGACUGUAACUUUCAGAGGGGAUGAGAACCGUAACCCUGAUCCAGAGGACAUCAGAAAAGUGCCUUCUCUAACUCUGACACGGGUUCCACUAUCCGAGAACAGAAUCUUAGCGGCACCAGCUGAUACCAGAAAAAUGCCGGUAGUAAAGCCUAACAAUCCUAUACCGGUCAUUCCAGAAAAGUGGUGUGUUCAAGCACAACAGGACACAACAGAGUGUCAGGAAGGAAGACUAAGAAGGUAAACAUUACUGAACGUUAUCUCACAGAUGAGGAGCUUGCAGAGCUACUGGAUAACAGCGAUUUCGAGAUAGAUGAUGAAAGUGAUCCAACUUUCAUCCUUGUAGUGAAAACUCCAAUGGAGUUUGGAGUUGGCAGAGCUGGCAUAACAUCUAUUUUUGGAGCUCCUGUGUUUAAGUGACAAAAAGUGUUUUUUUUUUCUGGAAUUAUGAGUUGAAAGUUACACCAUCUUGUUGGUAUUGGAAAGCUGAGUAAGUGUGCAAAAUUUCAAGUCAGUCGGACUUGGGGUUCCUAAGUUAUAAGUGUUUGAGUGCUUGACUUUUGCUAAGCCUAUGCUUUAGCAUAGGAAGAUAAUCUCAAUUGCUUUUUGGCCUGUGUUGUGAGUGGGUUUGUACAUUUCGGUUUGGUUUUUGACUUUAUUGUAGUACUUAAGGUCUAUUUUUAAUUGUUAUUGGUCUCACUCCUUAAUUACUUGCCCUUAGGGCAGGAGGAUUUUUUUAAGUUCUGGUGAAUUAAGUGACCUAUAAAGAAAUAGUAAUAAUAGUGUAGUACUCGUAGUAAGAAAAAAGUGAUAGGAAAUCAAUGAGUGGCCUGAUCAACUCUCUUCUAUAAAAGUGCAAGCUUGCAUUUUGAUAGGAAAUAAUUAGAGGUAGAAUUAAUUUAAUGUAAUUCUCUUUUAUAGUGGGAAAAAAGUGCAAGCCAUUUUUAUGGUUGCAUUUUUUGGACUUGUGAUUUUUCAGACAGUUGAGAGAUGGAUUUCAGUAAUAAAUAGUUUUUAGUUUAAUUGGAGGAUUUCACUAAUAAAUAGUUUUUAGUUCAAUUAGCAUUUCACUAAUAGAUAGUUUUCAGUUUAAUUAAGAGUGCUGACUUUUUUCUGUCAGCUGUUUUUGGACUUGUGAAAUAAUUUUCAUCUAGUCUUGAACAUAAUAUGUUACUAAUAGUUUCACUAAUAAACCU